GGGUCAUGCAACUCGGGUUCAUCUCCCCCCAUUCCCCCCCAUUAAACCCUUCUCCCGCGUCGGGCACGGGGAGCGACCGACGCUGCGACGUCGCGCACGCGCGAUGGCCACUGCUCCGAGCAAAUGCCUCCUCGUCACGGGCCCUCCCGGCGUGGGGAAGACGACGCUGGUGAUGAGGGUUUUCGAAACCCUACGAGCCUCGCACCCUCACCUCACCAUCCGCGGCUUCUACACGCGGGAGGUUCGAGAGGGCUCCGAAAGGGUUGGGUUCGAGGUCGUCACCCUCGACGGUCGACGCGGCCCCCUCGCUUCCUCCAAAAUCUCGAGCGCAGAGUCACUUAGAUGGCCUACGGUUGGAAAAUACAAAGUAGAUGUGGCAUCAUUGGAAUCAUUGGCAUUGCCCGAGUUGCAGGUCAAAGAGGGAACUGAUCUCUUCAUUAUAGAUGAAGUCGGUAAGAUGGAGUUGUUCAGUUCAUCCUUCUUCCCAGCUGUCCUCAAAGUUCUUGAGUCUGGCACCCCAGUUUUGGCAUCCAUACCUAUACCAAGGUUCGGCCGCGACAUCCCCGGGGUAGCGAGGUUGAGGAACCAUCCUGGUGCAACUGUGUUCACAGUAAAUGCAGGAAAUAGAGAUACGAUUCGAGAAAGUAUUUACAACCAGUUGGUCGACAUGCUGCACAAGCAUUGAUUCCCUCCCCCAACUCCCCGCUUCAUGCUUGUGUAUACAAAUUGUUAAAAUUUCGUUAAGUCUUAUCUCACCACCCUUCGCUAGAUUAAUAUUCCCUUGCAUUUCCUUCUGUCGCUGACCGAGACUUUCUACUAUUCUGCGGUUUUGUUUUCAGUCAAACCAAGAAAUUCGUAGUGAAUCUGGGAGUUUGUUUGUCGUCAAUUCCAUGCUGUUUAUUAUUCGAAAAGCUGUAUAUUUUUAAUUCCAGUUUUUUUUGUUCCUUUCUC